AUGAGCGCACCCACGCCUUCCACUGAUCCCCCAUCUCUCAACACAGUUCUUUGUCAAACGUCUCUAGCGGCAAUUGAUUCGCUUAUUGUUUCCGGAAACAAAGAAGAGACCGUGCCUCAGAUCAGAUCCAUCAUAGAAUCAUAUCCUGAUACUCGUGGUGAGCGACUGAUCAAAUACUUGCUGGACACUGGUUUUGACGAAACAGACCUCAAAGCUGAAUCACGCGAGAUUGCUCUACAAAUUCUCAAAGAAGAGCUCGGAAAAUACACUUCUACGGACGUUUCUCAUCUAGAGUCUUUUGCUGGGCCCGUUUGCGAGUUUCUCAACAAUUCAUCCAGAUACACACUAUCGGACAUCUACAGUAAACUUGGUUUAUCUGGAUUCCAGACCGUAUUUGCCACUCUUGACAUCGAGAAUUGUAAAUCUCAAUACUGGAAAGAGAUAUCUGAACAAUUUGCCCCUGUCUAUCAACAAAGUCUACCGGGUCUUGUUCAACACCUGAAUAAUUUAGCAGACAAGAAUAACCUCCCGGAGGAAGAAGCUACCGCGUACGGGAAAUUUCUCAGGUUAUUCCUCAAAUCUAAAGUUUUCACAGCACCCCACAAACUAUUGAUUGUUGAACACUUGGUCAACAUUUUGAAGAAAAACAACAACAGCAAACUCCAUCAAUUGGUGCAACAGGAAAUCAACAACUAUUUUUUCGAGUUAGGAAAGAUGGAGUUCAGAGAAGUGCUACAGAAUUUCGAGCCAUCGAAAUUACUUCCUAACAAAAUGCUCACAGACUUACUUGCAGCUCAACCUCAGACACAACUGGACGAGGCUAUCGCUAUCUUGAUGGCAGAGUUAUUAUAUCCCGGUUCGCAGAGACUGUGUGGUGCCAACGCGGACCCCAUCACGGCACUCACUCCAGCUAGCGUUCCUGAGGCAACCGCAAGAGGAGCACAAAUGGCCAACAUUAUUAAUAGAUUGAAGACACAGCCAAAUUGGCAGAACGUGUUCAACCUUGUGCUCAAAAACACCGCAACGGCUACAUCUAUGACCACUGCAUCGCUUUCCGAAUUUUUGUCUGCAUUAGAAAAGGAGGAUCUCAUCGAUCUGUUCCUUUCAACGGCAUGUAAAUCUGUCAAUCCCCAAUUGUUGAAAGAUUUACUGAUCCAAUUAAAUUCUUUAGAUCCUAGUCAGGGCUCCAUCAACCUGCUUGACUACAAUCUGGAACCGAUCCUAUCAUCGGAGGUCAAUUCGAGAAAUUUGCUUCUCUACUUCAAAUCAAUUGUCAAGAUCGAGGUGAAAACCAUUGCUCUCCUCCAGAACGAGAAUAUUAACGAUUCUGUUGUGAGCAGCAUAUUCGCCAGAGAUUACAGAGCUGCUCCAGAAUACAUCGUACUGGCAUGUCUUUAUAUUUUGCAUGAUGAGCCGGAGGCCAAGGAGAACGAUGUGAUUGUGAACAUCAUGCAGAACUUUAUUGUUUCGCUGCUGGAUGUGAGCUCUCCAUAUUUGAGUGCCAUUUUCACCAAGUUUGAGGAGUUCAAUCCUGUUGAGCUCGGCAAAUUGUUGGUUAAAUAUUACGAGGUCAGAAAGUCCACCGAUUCGAUUCAUAAGAUUGCCAGUCUCACUGCAUCCUUCAAACGUGACACAGUCAUUAUGUCGAUCCUCUCAAAUUCGGUCGAUUUCAAAGAUGCGUUCUCGUUUGCUAUCAUAUUUUCUCAAUAUGGCUGGAAACGUUUCCAAGAGUUUGUUCUGACCCAGCUUGAUAGAAACAUCAGCGUUGUUGCGGGCACAAUAAUUGAAUUCAUGGAAAUCCAAGCCACGUUGGAGUAUGAAAGCGCUCAACAGGGCCAUCGACUGGCCAAAUCGCUCAACCUGGAGACAGUUUAUUUCUUGAUGACUACUCUGGCGAGUAAGCAAUUGCCUCCAGAGCUGUUUGAAAAGUUUAGGAAUUUGCAAGCUUUGUGCUUGCAGGCCUAUCCUAGAUUAAUCAACUUUGGGCAAGGACACGAUGCAGCCAUUCUGAUGAACAGCUCCACCAACACGUUCUCUAUUGACGUGGAAAAGGAAAUGAAAGUGUACUAUCAAAAGAUGUACAACAAGGAGAUUGAGAUCAAAGACAUUAUCAAUAUGCUUCAAAGACUGAAAGUAAGUGACAACCCUCACGACCAAGAUGUGUUUGCCUGCAUGAUCCACUCCCUUUUGGAUGAGUAUAGAUUUUUCCCUGAAUACCCCGUGGACGCGCUGGCAACAACCUCUGUUCUCUUUGGAAGCACGAUCCUUUUCCGACUUGUCGAAGGACCUGCCCUUUCCAUUGCGCUAAGAUAUAUUAUUGAUUCCGUCAGACAGCCACCUGAAAGCAAAAUGUUCAAGUUUGCCGUUCAGGCUUUGUACUCAUUUAUGAAACGUCUUGGCGAGUUUCCAAAGUUCUGCGCUAUGCUUUGCGAAAUACCCGCUUUGAAGAGCCAGCCUCAGCUUUACGAAGCAUGCAAAACGGUCGCAGCUGGUGGAUCACUUUCCUCUAUUUCACCGCAGGAUUCCAAUGCUAAUCUUGCCACUCCCCACCAAAAGGCCAAAGAGCUUGAUCCAUCCGUAUAUGUUUCCAAAUGGGUUUCUGUUCACGUGCCUGAUAAGAUCGUGGACGAUGUUAGACAAGAGAAUCCUGCUGCAGAGACUUUGGACAGAGUGCUAUUUAUGGUGAACAAUCUAACAGAUGACAACGCCAAUACGCGUCUGAUGGAGUUGAAGGAGCUUCUUGACGCAAAGUAUUUCAACUGGUUUUCCAAUUACCUAGUCAAUCAGCGCGCUAAGUUAGAGCCAAACUAUCAUGCCUUGUAUGGACGCAUUGCUGAACACUUUGACUCUACUUUGUUUGAUGCACACCUGAUCCAAGCCACCUUUCAGCAAAUUGUGGUACUAUUGAACAAAGCUCGUGAAUCAUCGGAGCCGGAGGACACUGCUGAUGUUUUGACUUCUACGGAAAGAUCGCAUCUGAAAAACUUGGGUGCUUGGCUGGGACGGUUGACGCUGACUAGGGACAAACCUAUACUUCACAAAAAUUUAUCGAUCAAGGAUUUGUUGACGGAGGCUUAUGACCACAAGAGACUGGAGAUUGUGAUUCCGUUUGUUUGCAAAAUUAUUGACCAGACAAAGUCAUCCAAAGUUUUCGAGUACCCAAAUCCAUGGUUAUUGGGGAUCUUGCAAUUACUGAAGGAGUUGUAUGACGUUGCUAAUCUCAAAUUGACUCUCAAGUUCGAAAUCGAAGUUGUUAGUAACUCCUUGAAGGUUGAUCUCAACAAAAUCGAGGCGGCUACCAAAAUCAGAAACCACAAGCCAGGAGAAUUAGAGCGUUUCGUCGAGUCGCAGAAGAUGAUUAUCAAGCUUGCAAGAAUGUCCUUGGAAGACACAAAGCCGACUCCACAUAAUCUCGCGGGCAAUCUAGCCACGCCUCUAGCCAAUCUCAAUCCGUCAGUGCUGGCUGCUCCACAGGGUGCUCCGCAAGCUGCCCAGCAACAACUCAAUGUCCUUCAGCAACUGCAACAGCAACGUCUCAUGGCAAGCGCACAACAACAGCAUUUGCAGUCUGAAAUUCCUGGUGCCCCAGUUUCUUCGUCGAGCUCACCUGCAGUUAACAGCAACGUGCCUACUUCUGGCCAAGGUGCUGCACAACAGCAAGGCUCUGCAUUUGAGAAUUUGAAUGGAAACUCUGUGUUCGUCACGCAUCCGAACCUUAGAAGAUUGUUUCAAUUUGCAAUCACUAAGGCAGUGCGUGAAAUCUUGCCUCCUGUUGUGAGCAGAACGAAUUCAGUUGCUCUCGUGACAACAAAGUCUUUGGUCUUAAAGGAUUUUGCCUUUGAAGUGGACGAGCUGAAGCUAAGGAAAGCUUACAUUAACACAGUGAGACAUCUUUCGGAAUCCCUUACGCACGCUUCUUGCAGAGAUUUACUGAGGGAGAACAUCCAAUUGAAUUUGCAUCAAUACAUUAGCUCUCUGGGCCAGCAAAUCGAUACCGCUAUCUUAGAAGAUUUGCCAAGAGCCAUCAAUGACAACCUGGAUUUGGCAUGCUCCAUCAUUCAAAAGGCUGCAAUGGAAAAGUCUGUGCAGGACCUGGACGAAAUGAUGCUGCCAUCCAUUGCUUUGAGAAGACAAUUCAGAGAUUCUAGACCGGAUCAGGCCUUCUGUGACACUCAGCAUGCUUCCAGAUAUGCAAUGUCUCUUCCUGAUCCAUUAGGAAUAAAACCCAACGGAGUCACAGCCAAGCAAUUCUCUAUCUACUCUGAAUUUGGAAAACCAAAGAACGGUACAACUCCUGCAGGUUUGAGUGCAACACUUGCCGCUGCAGGUGGUGUUGCCCCAGGUACGAUUCCAGAGGCUGUCGCUACACCUCCUUCAGUGAAUGCUGGCGUUGACCAAGCUGCCAUUGCUCAGAGAAUUUUGCAAAUUCAAGCACAGGGCCUUCCAAACAUCUCCGCUCUUCGUACAGCAGGUAGCCCCGCCGAUGCUGCACAUGCGCAUCUGCCUGGUGAACAACCACAACCACAACGGACCUUGGAGCAGACCUUUAUUUACAUACAACAGUUGCUGGAGGCUGUUGUGAAGUCGAUAGAGGAGACUCCGGAGAAAGAAAUUCAUCUUAGAGAAAUCUCCAUUGACCACCCUCUGAGAUCAUAUUUGACCGAAUUAAUUCAACUUCUAAGCAGAUUGAACCAUAACGAACUGCAAAUGAAGAUUGCACAGGUGGUGAUGAACACCCUUUUCAGUGCGCAGAAUGCUUCGCAGCUGUUCGUGGAGGCUUUUAUUUUUCUUCUUGACAAGUCCUGUGAACUUUCUUCAUACGUUGCCAAGUUUGUUACUACUUGGUUGAUCAAUGCAGAGGACCCAAGAAAGUUCAAUAAACAGGUCAUGGCUUCGCUCGUUCAGAUUGGAAUGGUUUCUCUAGGCGAUCUGGACUUGAGUAUUUCCAAGACACUUGUCAACAAGAAGGAUGAAGCAGUGCUGAAUUUUGCAUCCGGAUUGGUUCUCGACAUGGUGUUCGGAGCAACUCCUACUGCGUUGAGAUCCGAUUUCACAAAUAUUAUUAAUGCAGUGAAGUCUCUUGACAAGGAUGAUGUGGAAAAAAGCCCCCUGGCCCAGGAACUGAUCAAGCAUUUGGACAAUAAAGUUGACUUACAAAAAGAGAAAUUCAAGACAUUGAUGCAUGACCCAACUAAACUUAAAGACUACUUCGCGUACAUAUUUGCUGAGUGGGUCAAGCUGCUCAAAUUCGAUAAUUCUUCCAAGGGUCUGCAGCUGGACUUCCUCAAUCAACUAUAUGAUCUUGGUGUGCUGACAAAACCAGACCACUUUGUUCUGUUCUUCACGACCGCCAUGGAGAUGUCUGUCCUUUCCUUUGUGAAGGAAAGCGAUGCGUCUAAGAAGCUUGUUGUUGAGUCCUACACUGCCAUUGAUGCGCUUGCAGAGCUUCUCAUCCAAUUGAUACUCAUUCAGAAUGACACCGCAGGAGCUCGCGUCAACUUCUUCAGGUCUGCGCUUUGUGUGGUUCUUUUGGUCUUUGCUCAUGAUCACGAGACCAACAAGGCCAAUUUCAACGAGCGACCAUACUUUAGAUUUUUCUCUACACUUCUGUGCAACUGGGCAUCUUUGACUCAUGAAAAUUAUGCCUCUGUUGCAGAAAAUGAAUCAGAUGUCAAGAAGCUCAACAAGUUCAACCUCAAGUUUUACCACACUCUAUCUGACUUCUUCCUGGCCUUACAACCAGAUGCCUUCCCGGGAUUCACGUUUGCCUGGGUUUGUUUGAUUUCACAUCGUAUGUUCCUUCCGAUCAUUCUAGAGCUGGAAGAGGACAAUGAGAUCAGCCAUGCCAAGUUUGCAUCACUUUUGGUGGCAUUGCUUCGUUUUGAGAGUACUUACGUCAGAGACAAGCAGCUUCCUGAGGCUAUAUCUGUGGUUUACAAGGGAACUCUGCGUGUGUUUCUCGUUCUGUUGCACGACUUCCCACAGUUUCUGGUGGAGUCUGCUAACGUUCUGGUGAGUGCAAUGUCCCCUUCGUUUGUCCAACUGCGGAACGUUGUUCUUUCUGCUGCUCCGCGCAAGAUGGAAAUUCCAGAUCCGUUCCAGCCUGGCCUCAAGGUGGAUAGACUUCCAGAAAUUACUGUAUCUCCUCCGAUCCUGAGUCCGCCUGGUGUGAUCUUACAAGAGAAAAACCUCAAGAAACUGGUGGACUCUUAUCUGCGGAUGCCUUCGCCAACCACACUCAAGCAGAUCGUGGCGGCAUUGGAGUUGCCCGAGCCUGUUGCUGAGUCGGGCAUAGGUUUCAAACAGAUAAGAUACCAUGUUAAGCUAGUCAAUGCGUUGACCUUGUACGUUGGAAUAUGCGCCGUGGAGGAGCGUACGAAGAGCGGACUGGCAUUCAACCCAAAAUCUGUGCAUGUUGGCAUAUUGAGCUCGCUGAUCCAGGAAGGUCCUAUCGAGUUGCAAUAUUUGCUGCUGCAAGGAAUGGUGAACAACCUGCGGUAUCCUAACGCACACACCCACUGGUUCAGCUGUGUGGUGCUUCACUUCUUUGGCUCGACUUCGUUGUGGGGAACGAACAAGACCGAUAUCCAACAGCUGAUCACGCGUGUGCUUCUGGAACGCAUUGUGUGCAACAAGCCUCACCCAUGGGGUCUGUUGAUCACGUUUACUGAGCUGCUGAAGAACAGUGAGUACGCAUUCUUUGACCUGCCGUUCACAAAGACCAGUCUCGAAUACGAGCGGCUGUUCAAUACAUUACUGUUGUACAUUAAGAACUCGCCAAAGGCGAGUUAAUGAAUCUCUAUUUUUCUGAUUAUGUAACUAGAUUUAACA